AACGUUAUUUGUAGACUUGUAUCAAGCUCAAGCCAAACUUGAACAUUUUGCUUUUGUUGUCGAGCCGAGCUUGAACAUUUACUACUCGACAAAACUCGGCUGUUUACGACCCUAGUUUCCAUAGUUCAAAUUGGAGUUAUGUUUACGCUUUAUUUGUUUCCGGAGCCGCCACUGAAGAAAAGUAUCAUUACUUUGAAAAAUAUUCUUGAGCCGCCAACAAGUUAGUCAAAAAAUGUUCAGUUAAAUAAUAGGUGUCUCUAAAUUCUCUCAAUGAGUGUCUAUAAGAGAGAGGGAGAGAGCGAAGCAAGAAGAGAAAAUUAAGAUGGCAGUUUUCGGCGAAGAAUUUGAUGUAAUAGUGGUGGGAGCUGGCGUCAUGGGCAGCUCAACCGCGUAUCAAGUUUCGAAAAGAGGUCACAAAGUCCUCCUUCUCGAGCAGUUCGAUUUCUUCCAUAUGCGUGGCUCAUCUCACGGCGAGUCUCGUACUAUACGUUCAGCUUACCCAGAGGAAUACUACUAUCCCAUGGUGAUGGAGUCCUACAAACUCUGGGAAGAAGCCGAGUCCCACAUUGGCUACAAGGUUUACUUCAAGGCUCAACAGUUCGACAUGGGUUCGUCUGAAGAUAAGCGUCUCCGUGAAGUCAUAGCCACUUGUCAGAAAUACUCUGUACCACAUGAAAUUCUUGACCGUCAACAAGUUUCUGACAAGUUUUCAGGCAGGUUCGAUAUUCCUGACAAUUGGGUUGGAGUGUGUAGUAGUGAUGGUGGUGUGAUAAAAGCCACUAAAGCAGUGUCGAUGUUUCAAACUCUGGCGCUUCAAAACGGUACUGUUCUUAGGGACUGCAUGGAAGUGAAAGAUAUAAGAAAAGAUGGUGUGAAAGGAGGUGUGUGGGUUUACACUAGCAAUGGUGAAAAGUUUUGGGGUAAAAAAUGUGUGGUGACAGUUGGGGCUUGGACUACAAAGUUAGUUAAAACGGUUAGUGGGAAUGAUUUGCCUAUACAACCUUUGGAGACUAUGGUGUGUUAUUGGAAGAUUAAGGAGGGACAUGGGGAUAAGUAUGCAAUUGGUGGUGAUUUUCCAACCUUUUCAUCCUAUGGUGAGCCGCGUAUAUUCGGAACGCCGUCCAUGGAGUUUCCAGGAUUGAUUAAGGUUGCCGUGCAUGGGGGAUAUCCAUGUGAUCCGGAUAAUAGACCAUGGGGACCUGGAAUGGCAUUGGGGAGUUUGAAACAAUGGGUGGAAGAAAGGCUAUCAGGCUUGGUUGAUUCAGGAGAGCCUGUGGCCACACAGUUGUGCAUGUAUUCGAUGACCCCAGAUAAGAAUUUUGUGAUUGAUUUCUUGGGUGGAGAGUUUGGGAAGGAUGUUGUAGUCGGAGGUGGGUUUUCAGGGCAUGGUUUCAAGAUGAGUCCAGUGGUGGGGAGAAUACUCGCUGACCUUGUGCUUACUGGGGAGGCAAAAGGAGUUGAGCUAAAGCACUUCAGGAUUGGAAGGUUUGAGGAGAACCCUGAAGGGAAUUUCAAAGAUAUUUUACAUCAUUGAUGUAAUUAGCUAUCAUCCCUCAACGAUUGAGUAAAAGCCCAUUUCCAAUUCCGUGUAAUAAAUGAUUGUGUACAAUUGUUGGCAAUAGUGUCUUAUGUUUGAUUAUGCUGCAAUUGUUAGCAACCUCUCUCUUAACAUACCAGUACCUUAUUAAUGUUGGAUAUUU